CGCGAUCGGUUAUCAACGCUGCGUGAUUCUUUUACUGCGAUUCCGUGGAUUUUAAGUGUGAACUUGGUGCUUCUGAGGUGACGAGGUGUGCAAAUUGGACACCGACGUUGUUAUGGGCUUAAUUAUAGCCCGGGCGAGCUGUCGAAAUCUGCCGGUUGCGUUAUUUCCAUUUGUCAAACCUGUACCGCGUAAGUAUGUGAUAUUCCAUUUCGGAACGCAGUUUCGUUCGUCAUUCUUGCGAUAAAAAGUCGAAGAAUGUGUCGAAAACGCGUGUCGAACUCUCGAUCUGGUUCAUCCGCGACGUAUUUGUCAGUCAUAACCUCUCGAAUACCAAAUAUAUAUCAAAGAAAGCAUUCAACAGAUUCACGAUAGCUCGGACCGAAGUAUGUACCCAAUAGCUUCAGUUUAAACAGUGUCGAACCAAGUGCUGUGCAGGUGUAAAAUGACUUCGUAUAAAUAUAUAAUUAUAAUAUUGUGUAUGACUGCUGGCUGUGAGCUGUUGAGCUGUGUUUACGAUCAAUGGUGCCAUUAUUGAGGACACGUCAAGUGGAUUAAUUCAUUAGGAUGUCAUGGACACCCUGCGGAUUAUACAUCCUGCUACAACCUGAUACCGCAAUAGAUGGAAAUGGACGGAGAGAUAUUAGCGAGUGAGUAGGGAAGGAACGAGGCGUGAUACCGCUGGCGGACGUCGAGGAAGGGAACUGAUUUUAAAGAGUAUCUAAGGACUGCGGUGCAGCGGGAAGAAAGUGGCGCUCUGAUCGUCUCUGUAGGUAUAAUAUACACGUCCGUAUAAUACCGCAUAGAUAGCAGAUAGCACGGCAGACAUAUAUAUACAUAUACGUAUGUACGUAUGUAUGUGCGGCGAAGGGUUGAAGCGAAGAGGGAGCAAAGAAGAAGAUAUCCGUACAACUCACGACGAGUCGUACACCAGCGAUAAGUGAGGAGAAUAGCCGGAGAUGGUUGUCGAAUGGCUGUGUCCGGGAUUGCGGCCCGCCGGUCGCCGCAGGCCUCGCCUCCUCCACUGCAAGGUGAUCCUCCUCGACGAACACGAGCUACUUCAGGACGUGCUGAGUACCAACCCAGGACAGGAGCUACUCGACCGGGUCUUCAGGCACCUAAAUCUCCUUGAAACUGCCUACUUCGGCCUACGCUAUCUGGAUCACGAGAAUCAAACGCAAUGGCUGGACCCUAGCAAAAAGAUCGGCAAACAGUUGAAAAAUCAAGGUUCGGGGAACGGCGGCGAUGGUAAUCCGGAUGUACACACCCUUUACUUUGGGGUGAAAUUCUACGCCGCUGAUCCGUGCAAACUUGUCGAAGAAAUAACCAGGUAUCAAUUCUUUCUUCAAGUGAAACAGGAUAUUCUACAAGGUAGACUUCCGGUGUCUUUCGAUUUGGCUGCCGAGCUUGGAGCCUACGUUGUCCAAUCGGAACUCGGAGACUACGACACGAGAAGACAUUCGACGGGUUACGUGACCGAGUUUCGAUUUCUCGCCAAUCAAACGGCAGAGCUGGAAUCCCGAAUCGCCGAAUUACACAAAAGCCUCGUAGGUCAACUUCCUUCGGCCGCUGAGCUCAACUACCUCGACAAGGUGAAAUGGCUCGAGAUGUACGGAGUUGAUCUGCAUCCAGUUUUGGGUGAAGACAACGUGGAUUAUUUCCUAGGCCUGACACCGAGCGGCAUCAUAGUUUUACGAAAUAAGAACAAAGUGGGAAACUACUACUGGCCGAGAAUCAAUAAAAUCUAUUACAAGGGCAGGUACUUCAUGCUCCGAGUGAGCGAGAAAAACUCCGAGGAGCGUACGCACGGUUUCGAAACGCCGUCCCGAGGGGCUUGCCGUCAUCUUUGGAAGUGCUGCCUCGAGCAUCAGGCUUUCUUCCGUCUUAUGGCGACGGGGCCUCCGCCUCUGAGCCCGUACUCCCGGUUCCGUUCCUACAGCCCGCAAUCCUCGGGAUCCGAGAAGCACCACGGCGCCAGGAUACGGAAUCCCGCGCCCGCCUUUCAAAGGGCUCCCAGCAGACGCGCCCAGCGACGCGUUGUCGAGGGACAGGAAAUGGCCGGACCGUUCGUCGAGGUUCCCGCUCCAAACGCCGUCUCUCAUCCCGUACCGGUAUCCAGUAUUUCGACCUCGAACCUCGCCAACGGUACUCAACAAAACGAUACUAGUCCCAGAAGCACCAGGAGCACGAGAAGCGCACCUUGGACCCAGAGUCAACCCAGGGGACUUUACACCUCGUCCAGUCCUCGGUCGGUCCGCUCCGCGGGCACCGCGCCGGCUCUCCUGAGCAGACUCCAGCGAAGGAGUAGCUCAGUGGAGAGCCAGAGUUCGGGAGACAGUCACGGCCGAGGUGGUCACAGGCGGAGGAGUCACAGCCACAGCCACAGUCACCGAAGGCAUAGUCGACACUCGGAUUGCGAGUCGGAGUUGUCAAGGGGCUCGGAUUCGCGGUCCGGGCAUCGGAAACACCGUCGGAAACACAGGAGCUCUCGUAACUCGAGGCAUGAACUCGUCGAUUCGGAACCCCAGUGGAGAGAGGCGCAGAAGAGAAAGGGAGAGGGAGUUCAACGAGCUGUGGUGGUGAGUCACACGGAACCGCGGAGAAGGCACAGGAGCAGGCACAGAAGUCCGUCCUCGUCUCACAAGCAGCAUUUACCCGAUGAGCUUCGAAAGCACUUGGAGUUUGGCUUGAUCGACACAACGGGAAUGAGCGAGCAGCAGAGGCGAGAGAUUCCGUACACUAUCGUCCAGUCGUCUCAGUCGGCAGUACAGAAUUCGCAGAUACCUCCGAUACCUAGAUCUGAGGAUGUCGAAACGACUGCUCUACCUAGAAUGAACUUCGGAUCACUUGGCGUAAGAGAGAGAGAGAGAAGAACCGCUCAUCAUAGUCGCGAUGGAAGUUAUAACUUAAGUUCGUCGAGAUCUGCGGGUCGAAUUGAUUCAAAACAUUUCUGCGGCGCUAGAAACGAAUAUAAUUCAAGGAAGGAGUUUGAUUAUCGUCGUAACGGCGGCAGGAUAUUGAUAGGGAAUAAUAUCGACAGCGGACUAGGCGAGAGCACUCCUCAAGACUUUUCAAGCUGCUGCUCAAGUUCUGCGGGCAGCACCCGAAUUACAAGAGUUCAACAAAAGAAAUUGGGGGGAGAGGGACGCUAUGAUCUGUCUUCAAAUCAAGAAAUCUACCCUCCCGCUGACGCAACUUUGGAUGCAGUUCUUCAGCCCAUUAUAUCAACUCUGACUCGCCGACACAGAAGCAGGCCGAAAUAAGCACCGAGCUUUAAGUUCAAAUGAAGAAUAAUUUCAAUGCACAUAUUGUAUAUUAAAGAACGAAAGAGCAACUGUUUUUUUUUUUUUUUUUUUUUUUAUCCCAAUGGAAUGAAAGACAGAAAU